ACAUAUUUACUCAUGUAUUCAACGGUGUAUACAACAGUUUCACUCGAAAAACUCGCAACUCUGUUCGAACUUGACAAGAAACAAGUUCAUAGCGUAAUCAGCAAGAUGAUCAUACAAGAAGAACUAUCUGCGACCCUUGAUGAACCCACGGAUUGUCUAAUGAUGCAUCGCGUGGAGCCUUCACGACUACAGAUGAUUGCUUUGAAUCUUACAGACAAGCUGCAACAGCUAGCUGAUAAUAACGAACAAAUUUUGGAACCUCGCACUGGAAGAGCAGGAUAUGCUGGUCCUGGACAGUGGUUCCCAGGUCGCAGUGAUAGGCAAGGAGAUAAACAGAAAGGAGACAGGGGUGGUGCUUAUCAAGUAUGUUUUGCUCUUUUGGUUGUAUCGAAGCAAGAGUCUGGUACAGGAAUUUCACGAGUAUCUGAGUAA